AAUCUGGCCUCAUCACAACUCGGGUUGGUGGCAUCUUCGUCCAAGGAGUUCCAGCUGAGCUCUCGGCCUCUUCUCUCCUCACUCCUGUGUCGUGCACCCUCAGUCAGCAAUGCAAGACAUGUUGACGUCGUCGCUGCACUGACAUCAACGCUGUUAAUCAUUGGAUCCGAGACGUUCAGGAACGUUGCGAAACUGGUACAGCAAGUGGACCACUAAACGAUACCCUUGCACCAACAUUAACCGGGACCUGACGCUCCAUCCGCGUGUCCCCCUCCUUACCCCUUCUAUCCGUAGCCCAUCAAUGGCAGUUGAGCACUGCCCUGUUGGUUCGAGCUCAACUCGGAUUAUUUGGCUAUUGACCUCGAACAAUGCAAUAUUUCCAGGGACCAGGCGGCUUUGUGGAAGUCUUUUGGAAUCAGCUAACUCACUCAUGAGCCAACCAUGUUCUCUAUCCGGCUCUCUCCAACAAGCCCCUCCAUACUGGACCCCAGCUAGAGAUCCUUAACUCGGCUCGUGUUGGCCGAAUCUUUUCGUUCUAUUCUUCUCCUGUCCGUGUUCCUGAUUGUCAUCGAUUGACAGCUGCCAAUCCUGGAAGAUGACUGGCUGCCGAGAUUCACUCUCUGGUUAAUGACCUUGCGGCGCUGAAUUGCCCCAGAGUUUUCGCCUCAUGCCCCAUAUCGUACUCAGUCUAUCUAAAUUUCGCCAGUUGCCUCGUGGUUCUCAUUCUGUCCAGUCGCUUUCAUAUGUCGUGUUGCCCUUCACAAGCUUAUCCCUGUACCCGGCUGCCACAGUCUGCCGAUGAUACAUUGCUCCAUCAACCUUCUUUUUUUUUACUGUCUCCCUAUUGCUACUUUACUCCUCCGACUCUCAUUGAUGGAUCAGGCCCCUCCACCUUGACGUCUUUCUUAUAAAGACCCCUGGCCAAGUUUUGCUUUUGACUUUCCCCCUCCGAGUUCUCAUUGUUAUCGCAUGCGGAUGCCUGUUGCUACGCUCUCUUUUCUCAUUUUGCAGGUCUUAGCCACGUUCUCUCCCUGUCAUCAUUGAGUUAUAAGUCGCCUCGUUGACGCCCUGUCUUGAUUGCGACUGUCGAGAAGCUGCCUUCUGAGCUGGUCGAUCUAUCAGACAGCGGCAGGUAUAAUACACCUCUCAACCCCCGACAUAUAAACACGCAGACAAACACAUACACAGCAACAAUCCUCUUCUUUACUUACGUCACUCUCCUCACGGCCGUCAUUAUUACCGUCAUUCUCGAAUUAGAAUAGGUGCUAUCUCUGGACCACCCAGCCAUAUUCGAUUCACCCCAAGCUCUAGUCCAGCCGAGUCCAGCCCGAUCCAGCCUUGAGAUCUUGCUUUCGGUUCAAGUUCAAGCCAGUUCUAGAACGCCAAUACUUGACAACCAUUACAUACAUUUAAGCACUAUCCUCUUUUUUUAGCAUUCGAAUUCUUGGGGCGGUGCUUGGCCUUAAUUCAGCCAGAAACAAAAAACACCGUCUUUCCCCGGUCGAUUCUCAUCCAUCUCCCUUGCACCCUGAGAAUCCAAGUACCAACCCAACCCAAGCCAGGAAGAAAAGAGGCGCCGUACGUACGCCUUUACGUACACUUCCCUUGGUCUUCAGUGGCUGCCUUCCGCUUCCCCAAGGAAAAAUCUUGAGCUAGCCGCCACGGGCGCUUCCCAGACUCCCGGUCCUGGGACCAAACGAGGAAACUCAAUUUCAGGCAUCACAAAUCCUGGACAUUUUUAUUUGGUUCUAGUGUCAUCCAUCUGUCUGGCUGGCUCUAUCUCCCCUCUUGGUCUCAUUUAUUCCCUCCUCCCCAAGCUCAUUUUCACACCAUUCUUUUUGAGCUUGACUCAACAUCUCGGUUCUGCCCGUGUCGUGUCGUGUCGUGUCUCUUCCCGGCGUGCGCGCGCUGGUUUCUUUCAACGUCGCAACAUAAGAUUUGGUGCUCAACUAUCAGACCUCAAGGCUGUGAGGCUCCAGAAACAUACAUAACCGCAACCGGCCACGAUCAGUCUCGCCUUUUUUUUUUCCCCCAGCGUCCCAAUUCCUCACCAACAGUUCACCGAUCUAUCUGUACCUGUUUGUCACCAAUUUAUCGACUCUCAGACUUAUCAGUGUCUGUUUUUCCUUCGCUCGGACUGUGCAUUGAAGACGUCCAGUUUCACUAUCAUCAUCAGCAACCCCAAUCCUUCUUAUCGCUUAAUUAAUAUACAGUUUUUUUGAGGGGCAUACGUUGCUUGUCACUCGCCUUGCGUCGGCAUACGCUUGCUCAUCACGAAAUCCUCUGGUUUUUUCUUCAUCAUCAUCAUGCCACGACAUUAUCACUACCAACCCAGUCGCGAACUCCAUGUGGUAGUCCUGGGAGCAGGCGGCGUGGGCAAAAGUUGUUUAACUGCCCAGUUCGUCCACAAUGAGUGGAUCGAGAGCUAUGAUCCCACCAUAGAAGACUCUUAUCGCACGCAGCUUCAGGUCGAUGGACGUCAAGUUAUUCUCGAAAUCCUCGAUACUGCGGGGACCGAGCAAUUCGGUAGGUCCUCUAUGUCUCAACAACUUUCGCACGACCCUCGUACUGAUGUUGGUACAGUCGCCAUGAGGGAUCUGUACAUGAAAACCGGCCAAGGUUUUCUUCUUGUAUUCAGUAUCACAUCAACUUCCUCCCUAAGCGAACUGGCAGGUUUGCGCGAAGAAAUUAUCCGCAUAAAAGACGAUGAAAAUGUACCUCUUGUUAUCGUCGGUAACAAAGCCGAUUUGGAGGAGAAUCGCGCUGUGCCCCGAGCCAAGGGCUUCUCCAUCUCACAACGAUGGGGCGCACCCUACUAUGAGGCUAGCGCGAGGACAAGGACCAACGUUGAUGAGGUCUUUAUCGAUCUCUGCAGGCAAAUGCUGCGUAAGGAGGACGAACAACACGCGAAUGACGGACCCAAUGACGACUACAAGUAUGAUCACGGCCGGAGUUCUCAUAGACGUCAACGACGUCGCCGAAAGAAGGAUUCACCGCGAUGUGUGAUCCUGUGAACUCAACGAACCGCUUUCAGAACAAUGGCCACUGGAUGGCAUUUAAGCACUGGAAUUCUUUCACUUCUCUCAAUUCAAUUUUCUAGGCCUCGGCAUUUCCCCCUCAAUUCUCUCACAUUAUACAGCACGUUUUACGCGGAUCACGGCCAUUUAAAAUAAAUCUAUAAAAGCUAUCUGGUGCUCUCGGAAGGACCACAUGAACGACCUCGCGGUCUCAUGAGGCGAGACGGUAUUUAACUGCGAUCUGGCUCCAGACUCGCUGCGGAAUCGAAUCGCAUUAUUAAAACGAGACCGACGCGUAUAGACGACAUGACGUAUCACACCGAAUCGAAUAGAGUCGAAUCGCAUGGCAUCGCAUGCUCGAGCUAAACCACUGGUGUUUUGGGAUCGACAAUUCCCAUAUUGUAUUCCACAUUACGGCGUUGGAGGCGUUGGAUAUCGGACCUGGGAUAUAGGUUCUGCACAUGUUUAUUGCUUUCACGGUUUGGUAGGGGUAUUUUGUUCUACUUCUUGAACUACGGUGAGAUGGAUGAGAAGCUUUUUCUGGUAUGAUCAAGUAGGACAACCUUUGCAUUGAUACGAAAUGCUCCAAGCGACGAGAAUGAAGCAAAAUAGGCCAUGCAAAUGCAGGCAUUUCCAAGCUUCUAUUCCGAUUUGACAAGGGUGACGUUCAGUUUCUGCCCAAUAUAUUCCACUUUCUGGGGCUCACUCGCAUCUCGGAACUUCUCUUGGACCUGUGUGGCAACACCACGUGAACUAUCCUCCGAGUCUGAGAGGAUCGCUUGACUUUACAUUGCAGCCGACGUGAAGUCUGGCUACGAAUUUAUCGUGACAUGUUACACAACAUUCACCCGUCAUCCCAUGUGUCACCAUCCUGGAAAAAGUCACUGCAUGAAGCUGCGACAAGCCGCGUGUUCAGAUCACCCUUACUUAUCGAACAACCAUUUGUCCAUUGAUGCCACGACUCAUCACAUAUACGAGAUCCUAUCUUAUAAUGACAAUAAGCCAUUCGAUUCUCUAUUUGCGUGCAUUCCUACGUCCCGUUAUC